AUGUCAUCUCUUUAUAACCUCGAGCCACAGCCUACCGCAUCCUGUAUCUUUCAUACCACCUCCGGCGACAUAUCACUCGAGCUCUGGGCGCAACAAGUCCCCCUCGCAUCCCGGAAUUUCCUCCAACUAGCACUCGAUGGAUACUACGACAACACAAUAUUCCACCGCUUAGUCCCCGGUUUCAUACUCCAAGGUGGUGACCCAACUGGCACUGGGAACGGCGGUGAAAGCAUAUACGAUGGCGGCGCAUACAGUGAAGCCCGCGAAUUGGGCGGGAUAUGGCCGAUGGAGGAUCGCAAAGGGAAGAACGCGGGGAUGCACGGUGUAGGGUUCAAAGAUGAAUGGCAUUCAAGGAUAAAAUAUAAUCGGAGGGGUCUACUGGGAAUGGCUAAUGAUGGCACGGCGGACUCGAAUGGAAGUCAGUUUUUUAUAACAUUAGGCAAUACACCGGAAUUACAAGGCCGGAAUACGCUAUUUGGACGGGUGGAGGGCGAAACUAUCUAUAAUGUUGCGAAGAUGGGGGAGGCGGAGGUGGGCGAGGGUGAACGGCCGAUCUAUCCAACGAGAGUUACGUCAGUAGAGAUAUUAGUUAAUCCGUUUAAGGAUAUGGUUAGGAGGGUUAAGGAGGUUGUGCCGGUGGUAGAGGAGAAGAAAGUGGAAAGGAAGAAGAAGAGGAAGGGGAAACAGUUGUUGAGUUUUGGGGGAGAGGAAGAGGAGGAUGUACAGCCGGUUGUCAAGAGGAAGAAGUUUGAUGAGAGGAUUGUGGUAGAUGAUGGAGAGGUGGAAGAAGUCAAAGCCAAGGCGCCGAAAGAGAGUAAGAAGAGAGUUGUGAAACCAGUCUCUAUCGAGUCUUCACCGGAACCUGCACCGUUACCUAAGGCUCUGCCGAAUCGAGCUGCGAAAGUUGAGAGUAGGGAUGUAUCUUCAUCCCCAGAACCUGUACAGAAAGUCUCGUCCCUACUGGAUCGAACGAAUGCACAGAUUGCCGAGUUAAAGGCGUCGAUGAAACGAAAUGUCGCGGUAGCGCCAACAAAGGAGAAGAAGAAAUCAGCAUUGGAGGAACUGAUACCCGUAACAUCCAUACGAGGAAGAAAACGAAGGCCAGGAGGAAACGCACCACCAGAUGAACAAGGAACUUUGGACAUGUUAACAGCAUUUAAAUCACAACUAGACGCCGCUCCUCCCGAGAAAGAAGUCCCUAAACCAGAACCAAUCCCUGGAACAGCGGAAACCAAAGACGCCGAACCCGACGACGACGAAGCCGCUCUCUGUGACUUACAUUUUAUAGCUGGUUGCGAAUCUUGUAAGAAAUGGGAUACCCAAGCAGACGGAGAAGAAGAAGAAGAGGAUGAUAAUGACUGGAUGUCUCACGCGCUUAGUUUCAAAGAGGAUAAGUUAGGCAAGGAUCUUAGUUAUCGCCAGAAAGCGCUGGAGGAGCUGGUGGUUAUUGAUCCGAGGGAGAAAGAGAGGACGUUGAAGGAGGAGAUGAAGGCGAAAAGGGACGCUCGGAGUGGUGGUGGUACUGGGAGGGAGUGGGAUCAGGCGAGAAAUAAGAAGAUGGCUAGGGCUUCGGCCGCCGCGGGGAGAGCGGCUAGGUAG